GCACAUGGUAGCCGAAGCUGUUUCAGUACUGUUGGAGACUACUGUGAGGCAGUGUGAUUUUUCAUCAUGGUGGAUGCAAUUCAAAACGGGUGGUUCAGUGAAAUUCAAAAUGACUUGUGGCCUGGCCAAGCAUUUUCAUUAAAAUUAACGAAAGUUGUUCAUGAAGAAAAAUCAAAAUACCAGGAUAUUAAAAUAUUAAACACAGCCACAUAUGGAACAUGUCUAGUUUUGGAUGGAAUUAUUCAGUGCACUACUCGCGAUGAGUUUUCUUACCAAGAAAUGAUAUCAUUUUUACCAUUAAAUAGCCAUCCUGCACCUAAAAAAGUGCUUAUCGUCGGAGGUGGUGAUGGAGGUGUUGCGCGGGAAGUUGCGAAACAUCCUUUAGUUGAAGAAAUUCACCAAGUAGAAAUUGAUGAAAGAGUAGUUGAAUUAUCAAAAAAAUUCUUACCAAAUAUGGCGUGUGGGUUCCAAAGUCCAAAAGUUAAACUUACCAUUGGAGAUGGAUUUGUGUAUAUGAAAGAACAUGCCAAGGAAUUCGAUGUGAUAAUAACAGAUAGUUCAGAUCCUGUAGGUCCUGCAGAAUCGCUAUUUCAAGAAAGUUACUACGAACUCAUGAAAAAUGCGUUGCGGCCAGGUGGUAUCGUGUGCUCGCAAGGAGGAAGCUUCUGGUUGGACUGCGCGUAUGUUAAAAAGACUAUGGAUGGAUGCAAAAAGCAUUUUCCAACAGUAGCAUAUGCUCAUACAUCAAUUCCGUCUUAUCCAUGUGGCCAUAUUGGUUUUGUGAUUGGUAGCCUGGAUUCGGAUAAAGAUUUCAAAAAACCGUUACACAAUUUCAGCCCGGCGGAAUUAGAAAAUAUGGAACUGAAAUAUUAUUCCAAUAAUAUACAUCCGGCAGCUUUUUCAUUACCACGAUGGGUAGAAUUAGUUCUCUAUAGCAAAUAAGUAUAUACAAAGGAUUCAUUUGUUUUUAUACUUUAAGUACAAAUACUUUAAUAAACGUUAUGAAUGAUUCGAUAA